AUGGAUUCACAAACCAAUACUCCACAAGAAGAUAACAAUAGUAUACGAGAUAAGCAUCAUCAAAAAUCACAAGAUACUCCAAAAGACAUUGUACCACCAGAGGUACCGAUUGCUACAGAUGUGCCGAACUCAACUUCGAGGUCUGUUUUAUCAUGGCUCACGAGGCUGCAGAACAAUAUCAUCAACAACAAUGAUAUCUCCAACAACAGUAACGGCAACAACAACAACGCCACUAGUAGUGAUGCAGUAUUCCAAGAUGACACGAUACAAACCAAUGGCCAGAUGAUCCAAAACGAACCACAUGUGCUAGCUACAUCCACAGACCUCCUUGUAGCCAGUUCUGGCGAAUCGCCACUACCGCAAACAUCAUGGUAUUCAUACUACACUUCAUUUAUAUUCCCAAGCAGUGGUGGAGAAUCACCGGCAAUGGAGCAUAUGCCACUACUACAGGGCAACUUAUCAAUUACAAAAGGCAACGAUGAUGAAGAUGCCAAUAAUGGCACCGAUGGUUGGUUUGGUUGGCUAUUUGGUUCGAAAAAACAAACUCAGGAGGAUGAAGUUAAUGAUGAGUCAAGUGAGGCUUACAAAUCAGCCAAGGUUGUUAUUGAAUCGUCAAAAGAGGAGUGUCACUAUACGUACAAGAGCACAAACGAAUUCAAGACUUUUGAAAUGAGUGUUGAUGGGACACCUACUGAAAAUUUACCAGUGCUUAUACACACCAGAAAGCACAAACCAGUGUCUGCUCAUGAAGUGUAUGAGAAAACUUUACGUGUGAGAAAUAAUAAUGAGGCAGAGGUGCCAGUACCGGGCAUUUCACCUAGAUUUGUUGACAAUUAUCGAGAAAUUACGUGGAAGACGAAAACGCGAUUACUUGCAGGCGACCUCGUUUGUGGAUACGAUACUGAACAUCAUCUAUAUCGCAAAAAGGAAGAACUGGCUUUACGAACCGGUAAACUGUUGAAGAAAAUUGUUGUUAUUUCUGUCCACAAUUUCCUACCGGUCAAAUUAGUGCGAGCACUUAUUGGAGAGUAUACUGGUAAUGCAAUAGGGUACGCCAAAUUGGCAACAAAAGCAAUAAAAACAUGGAUGAAACAGAAUAACCCCGAGUACCAAGAGGACGAGGUUGACAUUAUUAGUAUUGCCCUUGAUGGACAAGGUCGAGCAUCCACUUCUGUUGAUGAUGCACUUCGACUAUUGCGCAAUUACACCAAGGAGCUCAACGAGUCUGAUUUCAUCUACGUUGUUGGAUAUGGCACAUCUUCACCCAUUGCCAUAAACCUACUCGCAGAACUUCUUUCACAAAAUCAUCAUUUAUGUAGGAAACGAAUUGGAGUUUUGAGCAUGUCGGGAAAUCUAAUGGGUCCGGUGUCCUCAAAAUUCACCAAGAUUGUUUAUCGAGCAUAUACACAAUUGGAAAAUGACAUUGUUCGAGAAGUGUUUGACUAUUCGAAAAAUGACCAUCCUUUAUCACGCAAAUUAACUGAAUCAAUACGGUUUCUUGUUGAUCAAAAUGUUAAAUUUACCUUGUCGAGUACAACUAGUGAUUCAUUUAUUCCAUUGUAUUCAUCAUUGGGUAUACAAUUUGAUCAUCCGAACAUUCAUCGAAACUUGUACCAUAUAAACACUGCUCCAUUUAUAUCAACGGUAUUGGACAUCAGCUGCCAAAUGAAGAAUCUAGGUGUAUUUCGCGACCACGAAAUUAUUAAAAUUUUGAGUGAUAGGUUGGAUAUCAACAAUACAAGCAGGUAUAUAUUUGAUGAUGAACAAGUGUAUUUGGAAAGUUUAAGAUUUGCGUUGGAGUCAACAAAGUUGCACAAGAUGAAACCGGUUUCAAUCCGAAAACAACCACGGGGGUCAACAAUGACAUCAUCGGCAUCGACAUCGGCAUCGACAGCAACAGCUUCGACAACACCAUCAAUAAUUAAUGAUCUCAAUCUACUUCUGUAUAAUUUCCGAGGAUUUAUUCAGGAAUUUGUCAAUGUCAAACAUGUUAACAAUGUGACGCAGCUCAAGAAGUUGCUUGAAGAGUACAAGAGUUGGGAACCAAAUUUGAAAACUAAAGAUGUAAAGUAUUGUUUAGAAGCUCUUGAUAACUUUCAAAUUGAGGAAUUAUUUAUUUAA